AUGGUUGAUGAUGAAAUAAUCUAUCUAUCUAUGUAUCUAUCUAUCUAUCUAUCUAUCUAUCUAUCUAUCUAUCUAUCUAUCUAUCUCAGCAUUUUGCAUCUAUCUCAACGAGUAUGCACAUAUAUGCGCAAAGAAAUAUUGGCACAUUUCACUUUGUCGUUUCUCUCUCUCUCUCUCCCUCUCUCUCUCUCUCUCUCGCUCUUUUCUACCUCUUCCCCCCCUCUCUCUCUCUUCUACUUCUCCCUUUGUCUUUUUUUUCUUUUCCUCGCUAAAAAGGAUAAAAAAGAUAACGGGAAGAACAAAAUUAAUUUCUGGUUCAUCAAGCUUGAUCUAUCUAUCUAUCUAUCUAUCUAUCUAUCUAUCUAUCUAUCUAUCUAUCUAUCUAUCACACUCUAUUCAUUAUCUAUCUAUCUAUCUAUCUAUUUCACUCUUUCUCUUUCUCUCUUUUCUUUCUCUCUCUCUCUCUCUCUCUAUAAACUUAAUCUAUCUAUCUAUCUAUUUCACUAUUUUUUCCUCUCUUUCUCUCUCUUUCUAUAUAUCUAUCUAUUUCACUCUCUCUUUUUCUUCUUUCUCUCUUUCUCUCUCAAUCUUUCUCUCUCCCCUCCUUUCUCUUUAAAAAUAAUAAGCUUGAUCUAUCUAUCUAUCUAUAUAAUCUAUCUAUCUAUCUAUCUAUCUAUCUGUUUCACUCUCUCUCUCUCUUUCUCUUUCUUUCUAUCUAUCUAUCUAUCUAUCUAUCAGUCUGACUAUCUAUCUCGCUCUUUAUCUAUCUAUCUCACUCUUUUUCUAUCUAUCUAUCUAUCUAUCUAUCUAUCUAUAUAA